CGUGGGGUGAGCCGGAGCGAGGCCACGGAGCUGGACAUCAACGGGAGGAACGCGCUGAUGGUCGCCUGCUGCAAGGGCUUUGUGGACAUCGUGCCGCUGCUGCAGAAGUGUCCCUACAUCAACAUCAACCAGCAGGACAACGAUGGCAACACGGCCCUCAUGAUGGCUGCCCAGGCAGGACACAUCACCAUUGUCAACUACCUCCUGAAUUACUACCCUGCCCUCGAGGUGGACCAGAGGGACCCAGGGAUGGGUGCGAAAAGGGGGGUGACACCCUGGGGGGCAACAGGACAAUCACACGCCCUGCUCCUGGCAGGAGCUGACCUGCAGGCCGUGGAUGCCGUCAAGGGGAAGACAGCCAGGGAAUGGGCGACCUUCACCGGCCGCUUCGAGACCACGGUGCGCAUCCGGAGCCUCCUGCGGCGCCCGCGCGCCGAGCAGUUCACAGCCCACUACCAGCCCGAGUGGCCAGCGCUGGCCGAGCUGGUGGCCAAAGCCCUGAGCCCCAAAUCCAGGAGCAAGAGGCUCUCGGAGAAGAUCAGGUCCAUCUUCACCUUCAACAUCCCGCGGAACCCCGAGGAGGACGGCGUGCUGGACCACAUGGUGAGGAUGACCACGUCGCUGGGCAGCCCCUUCGUGGCCACCGCCUGCCAAACCGUGUGCCCCGACAGCCCGCCCGAGGUGGGCAAGCGCCGCCUCUCAGUGCAGGAGAUCCUCGGGCAGCACGUGGUGGGUCCGGAUGAGGAAUCAGAGCCGUCCUCAAGGCCCAGCACGGGGGGAUCCUCCUGUAAUGGCCAGGCCGUGUCCGAGUUCCGAGCACCACCGCCACCGCCGCCCAGGCGGUUCCUGAGCUUCCUGCCGCGGUGGCUGCGCCGGGGGAACAGCGUCUUCCCCGGGGAGCCCGUGCCCAAAAUCAAAGUCAGCAAAGCCUCUGGGUCGAGCAGCGGGGAGAGGAAGCCACGUGUGAAGGACAAGCACCUGCUGCAGCCGCCGCAGUGGAGGUACAAGGUGCUGAAGGAGGAGAAGAAAGCGGCCGAGGAGGCCAAGAAGGGAGACAAGGAGAAGGAGAAGAAGAAG